CACGAGCCGCCCUCACAAGCAUCCCGUCUCAGCCUUGACAAGACACUGCAGAAGCAGCGCCAGCCAUAGCCACAUCGGCUUCCUUGUAUCGAAGGUGGGAUUGGGUAGUUCUUCCCCGCUCCAUGUCAUCAACAUGUGCGAUUGGUGUUACCGAAUCUUCGCCUGUGGGCACUGGAUGACUGGUGCUGAAGCAUGGUGUUACGAAUAUGGGAGAAACCAGAAGCCGUGCAAAGUGACGGUGGAUUCAGAAUUCCAGUAUCCGACCAAAUGCAAGAAGUGCGAGGGAAGCAGGGACGUGGUCGCCUGGGAGCAUAUGAUUGACCGCUCCAAAUCUCACAUGAUAAAGCAACUCGGUUCGAUAGUGUUGCAGCAACAGGCCCCAACGUGGUUGACCGUACGAUGAACAGCGGGCAGUUCCUGAUGGAGAAGAUGAGACCCACCCGCUUGAGCUGAUCAAUCAGCACCGUUCGUGCGCUGCUCACCACACGGCGGACUCAUAAGAGCGCACACUCCAAGGCACCGACUACUUAGUGCCCAUUUGCGCCCUUCAUGUCCUACCACUGCUUGCAUUACAGUAAACUCAAGUAGAUCGUUCCAACAGCGUCAUUAUAAUGCUAUGUCUGAUUU